CUUACGUUAGGCACAGUACUCCUAUAUGCGUAGAUAAUUCUGCCAUGAAAAAAAUGAGUACUUUUCUCCGAACAGAAGUGGACGAUUGGUUUGGUAGUCAGAUGGGGUUCAUUUGUGACUUAAAUGCUGAUCAGGCGGAUAUUCACGCAGUCUUGAAAAAUAUUUGGCACAGUCUUGAAUACAAAAUACCGACAAAUCAUAUUCAUGUCGUGUGACACGUUUCAUGUUCAGUUUCUGUUUUCUUCAAUGCCUCUUUAAAUAAAUUUUGAGAGACCCGGAGAAAAAGGGUGAAAAAUAGCGUUUGAUCGACGAAGUCACUUAUGCCAUUACAUCUCCGGAACCAGAAGUGACCGCGCAGUAGACACUUUUUAAUAACACUUUUUUUCUGAACAUGCUCCACUCGUCUUUAAUCAAUUCCAGAAAUGUGUAUCAGGCUUCGUAUAUUCCGUUUAGAAUAAAACUUCAUACACGUCGUCCAUUUAUUUUUCAUCUACCCAUCCAACUCAAGAGUGUUUUUCAAAAAGAGCGAUUUUUGUACGUCCUUUUUGAUAUCAUUGUAACUCAGAAACUGUAGAUUCAAAAAAAAUGGCGUCGAAGUAGAUUUUGUGGGAAAAGUAUAUACUGAAUUAAAAAGUCGAACACUUUUCAAAAAAUAGAAAAUUUUGUUGUAAACUAUUAAAGUCAGUGCGAAUUAAAUAGAAGUUGCAACAGAAAUCAUAGGUAUUUUCCAGCCUCAAGUUUCUAUUGGAAAAUAAUCAUUAAAACAUUACCUUGUGAUUCUAUACAUAAAAAUCAAUACAUUUGCUCAUAAUGACCUUCCUCCUACUAGUAGCCGUUUUCGAGAUGUUUAGACAUGAAAUUAAAGGAGUUCAAUUUUUUUUCUUUGAUCCAAUUUUCGUACAUAUAAUAAUAUCUCCAUCCGUGCAAAACAAAUGGUUUGCCAUACUGAAGGUGUGCGCAAAGUUUCAUACAAAUCUCCAUCCGGAUUUUACCAAAUUUCCUAUUGUUAUUAUUUGGAAUUUCGCAUCUGACUAAUCGCGGGAAUUCGCUUACAAUCCGACACAACGUUUUCUGUUUCCAUUGAUGGAUUUCAAGGGCCACUCACUCAGAACCUUUCCAUAUUUCAAUAAUCGUGAUUUUCCCACCAAACGUGCCAAACUAUGAUUUAUCCAUACCUAGGUGCAGACUAACAGACACCGAAUGUGCUUCGUUAAUCACACUUUUAUCAACUGCCGUCACCUUCAACGAAUGUCCCUAUCCCAGCUGCAAGUGCCACUUGUUGGUAUCAUUCCAUUAAAUGAAAUUCCGGCUAUCAUCUAAUACCGUUUUCGUUUUUGAACCUACGCGCGGGCAACUCUGACUCCGAGUAAAACGAACAUGUGAAAUUUCGUUGGGUUGCUCAUCUAAUGGUAUUGGUUUUAUUUAUCAUAGCAACAAGUGUAUUUUCAACAAACGUUUGAUUUCUCGCGAGUGAAAAUAUUUUGAAAGAAAUGGAAACGUUCAAUUUGGCCGAAUUUCAGGCAAUGAGAACAGAAAAUGGAAUGUGGCUCCAACCUGAUGGCACGGUAUUUAUACAGCAUCUCUCUGGUAAUAAUGAAAUGUGCAUAUAUGUAUUAGCAUAGCUAAUUUUGUCAAUUACAGAUUCUCCAGUUUACAAAACGCCAAUUGACAUUGUAAAGAAACUGUCGUUAACACAUGAAUCGUGUUCGGAACAAAUGACCGAUUCUGAUGGUCCACCGGCAGCGCUGCCGAAUUUUGCAAUGGCCAACACCCUUCCAGAAGUCCGACCCACGAAAACAGUUAUUGCAUGGAACGACAUGCAAACAAAAUUCAUGCUAAGUGUGUACAAGGAAAAUAUGGAAGCCGUUGGACCAAUGAAAAAAUUCAAGACAAAAAAAGAAUUGUGGGAGGCCAUCGCCAAAAAAAUGACCGUCGAAUUGGGUGUCAAUUUCUCCGGGUCUCAAAUAGAGAACAGAUAUAAAAAUGUAAUUAAACGCAACAAAAAUAUUAAGAAACACAACUCUAUUUCUGGAAACAUUCGCCAAACUUCAGCUUUCGAACAGGAGAUCGAUAUGAUCGCUGCCCUCGAUGACUCUCUAGAACCAGAGAUCAUAAUGACCCCCACAACAAUUAAACGGAAAAGGGUAACAACAAACAGUUCAGAUGAACCUUCAGCUGGUCCAUCGGAAGAGCCGACAACCGGAUACUCCGAUGAAAAACGAAGAAAGAGAUUCCGUAAGGACGAAGUUUUGGAGCUGUAUGUAGAACAAUGCGAGGCGCGAGAGAGAUGGGAGAAAUACCGCGAAGAAAAACGCGAGAACAGACAUCGGGAACGCAUGGAGGCCGUGCAGCAACUUACACAAGCUUUUAUAAGAAUGGCUCAAAAUAAUCAAAUAUAAUUUAAAAUGACAAAAAAAGAACAGAAAAUUUUUAUUUACAAGCAUCAAUGCGAUCUCUUGAAAUUAAUAUAUUCAUAAUAUGUCAGCAACUGUGUUUCGUUUCAGCUCUCCUAACCGGCGAAGGGCAUCAUAUCUUGAACCAAUAGAUGGAACGGCUACUGAAAAUUGUGUUGUGUCUUCUGCUGAAACAUUAUGAUUUUCAUUUUCAUUAUCCAUAAAAUCAUUUCUAUCCAUGCAAAUAUUGUGCAAUACACAGCAUGAAAGUACAAAUUGGCUCAUUCGCAUAACCGUGAAAAAAUCAAGACGUGUUAAUUGGCGGAACCGAGAUUUAAGAGCUCCGAAAGCGUUUUCAAUUUUUACUCGAGUCUGUGCGUGCUUCAGAUUGUAACGUCGUUGCUUGAGUGUUAGGCUUCCAUGAUUUCGA